GUUUCCCGGGCUGAGCUCUUUCUCUUUCACCAAGUAGGCAUGUACGGCCAAAAAGCCAAGCGAAGGACGCAUGUACGACCAGAGCUCACGGAAGAGCAGAAGCAAGAAAUCAAAGAAGCGUUCGAGCUAUUCGACACGGACAAAGACAAGGCGAUCGACUACCACGAGCUCAAGGUCGCGAUGCGCGCCUUGGGCUUCGACAUGAAGAAGGCGGAGGUUCUCAAGCUUCUGCGAGACCACGAUAAAUCCGGGCAGGGACUCAUGGAGUUCGAGGACUUUGCGAAGAUUAUGAGCGAGCGAAUCCUGGCCCGAGACCCCAUGGAUGAGAUUCGACGGGCGUUCCAACUAUUUGAUGAAGAGGGUACUGGGAAGAUUACGCUGAAGAAUUUGCGGCGAGUGGCGAAGGAGGUGGGGGAUCGUCUGGAGGACGAGGAGCUGCAAGCUAUGAUCGAGGAGUUUGACCUCGACCAGGACGGAGAGAUCAAUGAGCAGGAGUUCAUCGCCAUAAUGACGGAUGAUUCAUGAAGAUUUACGACUGGCGCAUCUGUACAAUAUAUUCCCUGCAUUUACAUUUUUACAGUUAAAAUCACACAUUCAACAUGCUUUGACUUAAACCAGCACCCAAGCCGUGUCUUUCCCCUCCCCACCGAUGCGGCGAACAACCCCUUCCCCUUCCAACUUGCGCAAAUGCAAGUCAACCCCGUGAGCAGCAGGAAGCCACAAAGAUUCAGGGUACGCCGCGUAAAUAUGUGUCACGAUUGUCCAAGUCGUCCACGGGCCUCCGCUUAAGGGCGCGGUCUUGAUCACACCGAGGAUCUGCGCCUCCCGCUCGAGCCGAUGCUUGAUGUAAGUUUCGAUGACCUUGCGACCAUCGGAGAUGACGGGUCCGUGCCCCGGAUAGAGUGUGGAGAUGUUGUGCGUGUUGACGAAAUCGAGCAUCUUGCGUAGACUGGCGAUGUACGUGGCGAGGUCCUCGAAUACGGCGGUGCCCUGCCCGAGAACGGUGUCGGCGGUGUACAAGGCUUCGUCUUGGGGGAAAUAGAUGCAGAUGGAGUCGACGGUGUGUCCCGGAGUGUGCAGCACCUGCAGGCCAGAUACUGUCGAUCCAUCUGUCAGCGGGUGGAAAUGCUCCCCAUCAGCUGCGGGGAGAAACGCUCCCGUCGGUAAGGAUGCGAAUAUCGAAGGAAUGUGAUCAUUCGUAUGGCCCGACCCAGGGAACUUGUGUAACCGCGGUGGCUUGAAUGGAGCAGAGACAUUGCGCUCGUCCCAAAGCCGGCGCAGAAGUGCUAGCACCGACGGGAUUCCUCCGACAUGGUCUCCGUGCCAGUGGCUGAUGAUGAUAUCGGAGAUGUCGGGUUCUGUCGAGCCAGCGGGACUUUCAGCAUCGCGAAGAGCGGAUUCGAGGAUGGGAAUGUAUUCAUCUCGACCUUCACCCGUGUCAACGAGCGUGAAAGGCCUCUGCUUCCCAAAUACGUAGGUAUUCGUUCCUGUGAGCCAUUUCAGAGAUAAGUUCUGUGCUUGUGGGUGAAAUUCGACCUUGAAGCGUAAACUUGCCGGGAUUCUGUGCACGCAGGAUGAGAACUUGCUCGUGGGAUGCAGAGGGUAUUCACCUGGCCCAAGACCCGGAUGACACUCUCGCUCAGCUGUAUCUGACUCAGCACGUUGUCUGUUUACCUCUGAGUUGUUCACACACGCGCGUAAUGGAUGCCAGAGUUUCGAGUUUCUCCAUGGGUGGUGGUUGUGAGAUAAGUCACUAGAUACGAUCGUGAUCGGCUCCGGCCCGGACAUCGCUUCCUCUCUUUGUGCCAUGUCGAGUCGACGGGUCACAUACUAUUACGAUCCCGAUGUCGGGGCGUAUUCCUUCGGAUACAACCAAUACAUGAAACCCCAUCGCGUCAAAAUAACGCACGACCUCGUUUCGGCGUAUGGGAUGCUGGAUAAACUGAACGUACUGAAACCGAAUCGCGCAGGGCCAGGCGCAGACCCAGAGGCCAUGACGCGUUUUCACACCGACGAGUACAUCCAGUUUCUCAACAAAGUGACACCGGAGACAUAUACGAAGCUGAGUUACAAUGGCUCACGCUUCCUGGUCGGCGACGACAAUCCACCGUUCGAGGGUCUCUUUGAAUUCAGUUCCAUCUCUGCAGGCGGGUCAAUCGCUGCCGCGGAACGACUGAACGACGGAGCGGCGGACAUCGCGAUUAAUUGGGCUGGGGGCCUGCACCACGCGAAGAAGAACGAGGCAUCCGGCUUCUGCUACGUCAACGACAUUGUUCUCUGCAUUCUCGAGCUCCUUCGGAGUCUCCCCCGCGUGCUGUACAUCGACAUCGACUGCCACCACGGUGACGGCGUCGAGGAGGCGUUCUACACCACGGACCGGGUGAUGACAUGCAGCUUCCACAAGUUCGGUGCCUUCUUCCCCGGGAGCGGUACCCAGGAGGAUCAAGGUCGCGGCUAUGGCAAAGGCUAUGCGGUGAACGUUCCGCUGAAGGAUGGGAUAACGGACGAAGCGUACAAGAGCGUGUUUCAGCCGAUCCCCCAGGUUAUCGCUAAGAUCAUGGAGGUGUUCCGCCCUUCCGCGGUGGUCCUCCAGUGCGGGGCAGAUUCCCUCGCUGGGGACAAGCUCGGCUGCUUCAAUCUGACGAUGCACGGACACGCGGCCUGUGUGCAGUUCCUACGGCAGCAGAACGUCCCGCUCGUCCUGCUGGGCGGUGGCGGAUACACCGUGAAGAAUGUUGCGCGGGCCUGGACGUACGAAACCGCCUGUGCGAUUGGGAUGGAGGCGGAAGUCGACCCACUCCUGCCGUACACGGAAUACUUUGACUGGUUCGGGCCGCGGUUCAGGCUGGAGGUGCCGGCGAGCAACAUGGACGACGUGAAUGUGCUGGACGGCUCGCUUAAUGUGGUCAGGGAGAAAGCUCUGCGACAGCUGGCCCAGCUACCCCAUGCACCGUCUGUCGGCCUCCAAGAUGUCCCCUCUGAAUCGGUCGCAGAGCAUCUGAGACGGGGGAUGGACUACGAUGAGCUAGAUAUGGAAUUAGCGCAACACAUCCGGUAUAUCAGCCACAUGCAGGACGAGGAUUCUGAGACCGAAUCCGAGGACUCGGAGAACGAGUCGCUCCCGCCUCGGAAACGACCGCUCAUGAGCAUCAUGACGAACGAAUACUACAUGCCGCCCUCGGCUCCGGACCCGACGCGCAAGUUCUUCACGGGACUGAAUCCGUUUCGCGCGGACCGGGAGAACGUGCUGGUCCAUGCUAGAGACGAUGCGAGGCUACGGAUGCUGUGAUCUAUCUGCUACCUGUUUUCUUAUCUUGUACUCCUUUGUAGUCGAUAGACGUGAUGUAUGAUGCACUUGCGCUUGAAAAACUUGGAUUGUUGCAG